GCGUCAAGGUUAUAGGUCUCUACAGAAAUCAUUCGAUGGAUAGGCCUACACUUAGAUGACCGGCACAAGUGUCAGAGCAGCUCUGAAGACGAUCAUAAGCGCUCUCAGUAAGGCUUGCAAUUUUCGUUUACCCUGGAUGUCCGAGCGACACUUGAUGCAGCCCGGAAAACUGAAGACCUCACCGGCGGACGUUGAGACACUCAUAGUGUAGUCGGAUCUGCGAUGCGAUGAAAACUAACAAACGGCAGCCUUACAUUUUGCCUUAAAAACAUUCUGUUUAUCUCUUGAGGCUGCGGUAACGAACUCUACGUGCGACAUGUCCUCGGAAGAACUCGUAGGCACAUAACUAGUUGUUCGGAGACGGCCAUGGGAACUCCCUCAUGAGGCUAUGUACCGCGAAUCGGCCAACCUGGUUUUUCGUGAUCGUUUUGGUGUUGAAUCGCUUACCACUGUGAUCCGUCAUCACGGGGAGUCGGUUUUAAUGACGUCAGAAGACAGCCUUUCUUACCCAAGUCGAGCUGUCCGCUGUUUUAGGGGCUGUACAGCAGGCGGUUGAUACCACGUUUUUUCUGCGGACGACGGAAGAUAACUAAAGGCAACAGUGGCCAACCGGGCCGCACGCUCCCGUCACCACGACGUCGCUCCCUCUAAAUUUUUGAUAGAGGCCACCACCCCUCCGGAGCUCUAGUCUCGUCUCUUUGCAGACUCUGUCUGGGUUUCUGGGGCCGGACGUUGCCUGCUGACGACGUAAACAAUCCCUCCGUCCUUAGGUGGAAGGAACGUGGGGAGAGUGCUGGCAGAGCGUGCCGGCAGCGGCGCUGCCAGGUGACACUUCCACGAAAUCUGUCUUUGUUAGCAUAGUUUGGAAGAAUGCUGUGGGAUUGGUCCACGUUUCUAUCCACAGCAUGCCUUUUGUACUUUAUCACCGGCGAGAAGUUUUGUCGGACCCGGCUGAGCGCAGCAGAUACUCCGUACAUGAAGCGGUUCGUGAAGUAAACGUGCACACCCGCAGCACUCCGGCGAGACUGGAAGAAUUUCUGAAGGAAAUGCUGACUUGUUUUACCUCUCUUUCUCCUCGACAGCCCCCCUCAGAAGCCGUGCGGUCGCCCUACCUCCCGCGCGUCGGCGCAACCAUGAGUCUCGGCAACCUCGAGGCAUGCUCCCCUGCGGCAGGGUGUAGGGAAGGGAGGAAGGUUAAUUUCUGCUCAGCAGCAAGUGGACCUGGCAAUGAGGGGAACGCAGUGACAAGCCCUUCUGCCUUCCCUUCGUCUACCAUGGCGUCUCCGGUCCUCACUGCCGUGAGCUCUGUGACCACCCCGCCCUGCCAGGGACUAGUUUCCGGGGGUUUGGACAUCUCCCCUGUUUGCGGAUCGGGGGGCUUGUCUCCCAGUGCUACCGAGAAACGCACUUCCUUUUUCCAGCCAUUCGAUGGGGAGAUUCCUCGUCCUACCUCCGCGCCGCCUCACCUGGAGAAAUCCUCCUCGACGCUCUUCGCCUUCCCUCCUAGCGGAUCAACCCCCAACCGCCUAAUCGAUAUCCGCUGCGACGAACUGUACCAGGAAUUCUACAGGAACCUGUCCCAGACGAAUCCGAAGCUGCCAAAGCCUUUGGAAGAGGACCAGUCUUUCCUAGAUCUGGCUUCACAGAAGAAAGACCGUCGUCGCAGCACGCGUGCGGCAGGCUACUACAAUGGACCCAACCGGGAGAUCCGAGGCGGUACGAGCAGCGCCGCGAACGAUGGGAUCUCCUGCUGUCCGUCGCUGUCUUCCUCUUUCUCCGCGACCUCUCGCGGCAAUGUGGGUGCGGGGGUAACCCAAGAUGAGGAAGAAGGAACGGCUUCCAGGCACCUCCCAUCGGCAGCCGCAGUGAACGCAGCGGCUCUCGCGCUAGUCGACGAGUUGCAGCAUUGCCAGGACACUGCAAACUUGGUUUCCACCAGAGCCCUGAGUCUAGCGGUAUUGGCUGCAGCAGGGGGCGUCCCAGGGACUUCAGGUCCAGUUGUAGAUGGGGCAGCAAGAGGCGGAGGGAAGGCAGCGGAGGAGACUGAACAGUCGCCAGCCAACUUAUCAGCUGCUGCAGCCGCUGCCCUCCUGCAGGACGCGCACGCUGCCUGGAAAGAAUCCGGAGGAAAUGCAGCUCUGCUCCCUAUGGUGCAAAAAUGGACCGAGGCGAUUUUGAAUCGUUGCCCCGAUGCGCAGAAUGGCGGCCCGAGUCCGACGAGCACAACCACGGGGGUUUCGGGGAGCAACACAACGUCGAGCAGCCACCAUUAUCAGCAGCGAAGUUCGAUAACGACAAGUUUCUGUUCUGACGGUCCUUCAGGGGACGGCUCUGUGGGUGCUUCCAGUUUGCGUUCCUCUCAGAGAAACCGGUCGCCCCCGCCUGCAUCUUCGCCGAAUUCGAUGGUGUUUUCGUUUCCCAUUUCCACCAACAUUUCCCCGUCUUCACGCGGUCGGGCCGGUGACAACGUCAGCAUGGACUCCAGGAGUUGUCAUCUGGAGGUGGACGACAACGGAUCUGGCCGCCGCAGUCGAAGCGUUUCCCACGACCGCAGUUCUCGCAAUCGUCCCAGUGGCUUUCCGUGUGAGGAUGAAAGUUUGCGUCUUCCGAAGCAUGCGAGCCUCUCCGCGUCUGGAACGCCGCUUGCAUCGGUGGAUGACGUUUCGCCUGUCGGGGCCCAUCCGGGGGCUUCGCCUUCGUCGUCUGGACUGGUCAUGGACGGAGGGUUCACAGGCUUUCUUGCGUCACCUGGAGUCUCAUCCGCGUCAGAAAGCAUCCCUGCGUCUGGGGGACAGUCUGUGUCAGGCGCACUGGGCAGUCAGGGACAGGGUCGCGCGGCCUUGACGGCGACACAGCAACAGGAACAGCACUUUCUUCAGGCAGUCUCUGCUCUACGAGGCUCUCCAGCGUCUCAAGCUGCGUUUCUCGCAGAUGCAGAUCCCGUCAUUCUUGCGGCUGCAGCAUCAGGUGGCCUUUCGGGGGUCCUGCACCCCGCGCUCUCUGUGGGAGGGCAUCUGCCGGCUAACCCUGCGGCGGCGGUCGCGCUGCUUUCUGCGAUGGCAGGGGCUGCAGGGACGUCGUCGCCGGAUGGGCCCUUGGGGCUUCAGCACGUCUCCAGUCCAGCGAUGGGGCCUCUCGGGCUUGACUCUGGAUUCGCGCAUGCGGCGAACAGCAGCACUGCUGGUGGGGGUGCAAACGUAGGUGCGGGAUCCCUCCCGCAUUCGGGUGCCAGCGGGGAUGCCAACGCCGCGGCGAUGAUGCAUGCGCUCAACCUAGCGGUUCUUGGGCAAGCGUUCAAUCACCGAUCCAGGGAAGCACAGGGAGAUGAGAACAACGACGCAGAAGCAGGACAGGCAGCCAUCCCAGUUCAGACACCGGGGGCCGUCACAGCAGCGGCAGCGCAAGAGGCCGCUGGAAAUGUACAGCUAUUGUCUUCUGUGUUGUAUCCACUCUUGAAUGCGCAAGCACCGGCAUCGUUGGGGAUGUUGGGAGGUGCGACAGGCCCGGUCUCUUCGCACUCAGCCCCACCAGGCAUGGUGCUGGGUGCUGCAAGAGACCCGCGGGGAAGCAUGCCCUGCAUGGUCGGGACGGCGUCUUCGCUGGGAGGACAUGACUUGUACUUUGGAGGUCUGCAACACCAGAGAGGCCCCUUAGGCGUCGGUGACCAGAAUUUGCCUCCUGCAGCGGCUGCCUUGCUUGCAACCGCGACGAGGCUUUCUCACGGUACGCCUCCUGGUCUCGGCCUUUCACCCGCAGUUGCUCCUCUCCCAGUUCCUCAAGGCGUUGACGUUCACGCGAAUUUCCUUCACCAGCAGCGCGCUGCAUCGGCGGCGGCUCAUCAGACAGCCGCGGGGGCUGGCAUGCAUGCAUCUGGAUGGGCCGCCGUUGGUGGGACUAGCUCGUCAACGGGCACCACCCCUGCCGGUGCGAAUGCGAAUUCACGCCAGAUGUGUCUUCUGUCGGCACAAGGCCUGGAAUCUACCGGCACAGAUGCGCACUUCCGAGCCCAAGCAAACCUGCCUUUUGGCAACUACUACCAGACUGUUGAGAGAGACGUGAAACAGACAAGAGCGUCUGGUUUUCCUCAAGGAUCUGAUGUGAAGAGUAAUAGUGGGCGCAGCCGAACGGGGCGGCUGGACGCUCGUGGGAAGAACGGGGGCCAAGCGCAGCAGCGUUUCUUGGGAGGGUUUCAGGGAGACAGCCUCGAUGGGCGUUCCAAAGCGUCUUCCACUGGAGCCACUGCCAAUGGCAAAAUCGGAGCGGGAGGCAGAAAAGGCGACUCAAAAGAGGACGUGGUGGGUAGACUGGCGGGCGUCGAAGGCUUGGCGACAGUCACAGGAUGUGGCCCGAAUGGUCCAGGCACGCUGACAGUCGCCGCUGCAGAGGACCUUGUGUUUGGCAACAAGUACAAGGGCAACAUUGAAAUGAUCGCUCGCGACCAGAUUGGAUGCCGGAUGCUUCAGCGGAAACUGUCGGAAGCGAGUCCAGAAGAGGUGGAGGCCAUCCGCCUAGAGGUUCUUGAGUGCGUCGUAGUGCUUCUCGUCGAUCCGUUCGGAAACUACCUUGUACAGAAGGUGGUCGAGGAGUGUGAGGAGCCGCAGCUGCUGCAGCUGGUUAGGAAGAUCCGCCCUCGCCUCGUCGACAUCUGCCUCAGCCCUCACGGGACACGAGCGGUUCAGAAGCUCAUUGAAGUCUGCGCUGGACUGCCGGCCGGCAGUGCGGCGACGAAUGAACUGUUGGCGGCCUUGCGACCUUCCGUCGUUCUCCUCGCCAAGGACGUGAACGCAAAUCAUGUCGUUCAAAAGAUCCUUUCCUCGUUCCCAGCUUCGCGGUGUGACUUCGUUUUUGCCCAAGUCAAGAAGAACUGUGUGGAAAUCUCCACAGAGCGCCACGGCUGCUGCGUCAUGCAGCGGUGUAUCGAUGCGGCACCGCCACGGGCGAAGAGUGAAAUUCUUCAGGAAAUCGCCGCUAAUGCGCUCGAGCUCAUGCAAGACGCGUUCGGCAAUUACGUCGUGCAGUGCGUGCUGGAUCUCCAAAUUGAAGGAUUCAACGGCGCUGUCGCAGGGGCAAUUCGUGGUCACAUCCGUGAACUUUCUAUGCAAAAGUUCUCCUCAAACGUCGUUGAAAAGUGUUUGGUGCUUGGCACUCCGGAGCAACGGAAUCUGAUUGUUGACGAAUUGCUGGCAGAAGGCGAUGGUCUCAAGGACCUGCUCCUUGACUCGUAUGCGAACUAUGUCAUUCAGCGUGCCCUCACGGUUUCCUCUCCAGCGGCUCAGCAGCAACUUCUUCUCGCCAUUCAGCCCUGCCUGUCUCAGUUGCGCCAGACACAGCCCGGGAGUCGCGUGGCUCACAAACUUGUGAAGAAAUUCCCCAACAUCCUUGCUCCGGCGUCAGCGACAUGCGUAGCAGGCGGCGACAGCAUCUCAGGUUUCAGUGACGAGGCAUCGAAGAAGGCACUUCGGGGUCAAGCGAAGGCGGCCGCCGCGUUGAAGGGAGUAACUGGAACCAACGGAGUUAGCCAGCGUGCCGGUACCGGUUCCCGCUCGAAGAAGAAGGAGAAGGCUGAUAAAAGUUGUGAGAGGAAAGGGUCGACGCCGGCGACGACGAAAUCAAGGCGAAGGCGCGAGGAAACGGCCCAGUUUCACAGCCGGUUGGUGACUGAAAACGAAGCGGUGGAGGUCGUCGAGAAACGAGAGGCGUUGGAUAUCUCCAAAGAGCUGCAGUCGGUAAUGACAUCCGUGGCCAGGCGAAACGUUAUGGAAGUUACCAAGGCGUGUCCAAUCACCUCUUUGUCUGUCGGUCCAGCUGUCCAUGCCCAGAGCUGCCAGAGGAUGUCUCUUGAAGGGAAGGGUCGUUCAGCGGCGGGCAAGUUGAAAGAAGAUCAUUCACGAGAGACGGACACCAGCCCGGCAAUGAUUGCUGUCGAUGGGAUGUAGUGACUUCUUGCUUGACGCGGGGAGCGUCAUGCACAGCACGUUAUUCACAGAUCGACAAAAGACGUGAUGGGUGUGUGUUUACGGUAAAAAAGCCCACGUUUGUUGGACUUCACGCAAUAUUACCUUUUCCAGUUGAUACGGUAGUCCAGAUACCAGUAUCGGCAAUACUCGUGCACAAUAAAUAGUAACAGUUUGUGUCCUCCGGUGAAAUAGGAGGCGCUCCUUCCUUUGAUGGUUCGCUCUGUUGAGCCACUUUCCUUCGAGGCGUGGAGUGUCGUGGAGUGUAAAACAUAAUCGGAGUAUUAUGUUGCUGAUGUCAUGCACUGGGGGCUGCUGAACGCUGCUUCUUCAGUCUGAGACCUCAUCCAUGGAGCAUUAAAUGUGGGGUAAAGAGGGAAUAUCAUGUAUGUGGUUGUAAGGGAUGGUUCUGAACCAAGUCCCAGCUGUACCGACGUCGUACCAUCCCUUGAAGGAGCCCCCAAAGUGUACAAUAUGGCUCCUCUCAUGUGCUUGUACGUUUCGACUGCACACAGAGCCACAUUUAUCUGUACGUGGUGCGUGCGGUAGAGAAGUACCGUGAUGAGCCUGUUGACGUGACGUGAUUACAUACCCACGUAGCACAACACCGGGUAUGAGUUAGCUUUCGCUGUUUUAAAUUUUGUCCCGAAUGUGUUUUCAAUCCGGUCAAGCGUUCCGAAAGAACUUCUCGUCUUCAGGGCAGUGUGGAAUGGAUGACGCGUCAGGUAUGCGUGUUGUGUUGUUGUACUUGGUUCUCUGCGACUAGCUCAGGGGGUGUUACACAAUUUACUGAUAACUAUACAACACUUCCGAAUCACGAGAAGAGUCCGCAGGAAGAACUCGUUGUUUAGAUGUCUCGUCACCCUGAUGGUCCGGUUCUUGUCAAUGGAAAAGUUCUUGGACAGUCACAGUGCUUUGAAGGACGCGCUCCGGUGAACACAUGGUAAUCCACCCAGUGAUUGUCAACUCAUCAGGUGGCUACUAAUGAGUUGUCGCGUUUGUUGCGUGUUGCUGUUGUUUUGCGCCACAUUUACGCAUUUCCCCUCGCUGGUUGGAUAUUGUUUUGUAUGUGGAUGGUUACUUUUUAUUUUUGUCAAGGCCCCUGUGGUCCUACAGACUUUCUACUGGUAGACAUCUGUGUGCAGUAUCUGCGAACUUGCGACAUCUUGUCUAGAGUCGGCUGCGAUCUAUAGGUGGGCAACGAGAACGCUUGGUUUUUCGAGUGAUAUUUCACUGCCGUUCUGUGAACUGCUGGUAGAAUAUUAUUGAUUUUUUGACGCAUCCUUGAGAUUUAAGACAGGUUCACACCGCUAGGUGAUGUGCUGCUACCGUCCGUCGCAGCAGUUUCUGUGAUACAGUUCAUGCAUGUGUCCUUCGCUGUGUCGACUCGUGGCUGUAGUCACAAACACAUAGACGAGUUGCAUGACGCCGGUUAUACAUCGCGCCAAUUGAAUUGUACACGGGGAUCAAUGCGGUUCCUCGUUAGCCAGAGUAUACAUCAUUGUUUGAGCCUGUGCUCGAGAGUACAGUUUCAGUGAGAUUCAAUUCUGUCGUAGAUACUCGAAGCCUGUUGACUGUUUGGAGCUAAUGAAUGGAUGGAGAUUCAGGCUGAGAGUGCUGGCGGAGUGGCCUGUUUUUUUCUUCAAUUUUUUAUGAAUCGAUGUGGCACUGUGUGUGGCGUUGUCGCGAUUUCAUCGCCCGUUUUGGUGUCAAGAAAUACGACUGGAAGGUUUUUCUGAUAUAGCGGUUGGGGGAGGGGGGAAGGCGGCGGAUUGUCCCGCAGUGCGUUGUGCCGUCUUGUACGUGCGCCGCCACUCUGUUCACCCGCCCGCGAAUCACCAUGCGGACUUCCAUGCCAGAACAUGACCGUUCGUGCGUGCGUAUUGAGUUCGUCUCAGUUGUGGACGGGGCGCUGCACGGUGCCUUGAGUGGUUAGAAUUUUACCGUGGUAACACGUUUCAUACAAUGAAAAGCCUGUUUUUUUGUUUUCUCCAGCAACAUGCUGGUCCUAAAAGAAGCUGUACUCGGUAAUAAGUGGGGGCGCGAUUCCGUGUUCCAUCGAUUGCAGCAGAAACUUGAGGGUUUAGAUAGCGACUACCGCAUAACGAUAUACCAGUUGUGUAGCAACUCUAUUUUGCUCAGUGGGCGCGCCAAAGCAGUUGCACCCGACCACCAAUCAGGAGAGGGAACGUGCUGGCGUUUUCGGUAACAUCGAGAAACGAGUAUCGAAUACUGUGUUUGGGUUCCAAGGCAUGAAGGUCUCUGGAAAAUCGGCGGGAGGGCGGCGGAAUUUUGCUUGUAAUGGAGGAGAGACAUGCUGGUGUGUAUCAGGUGUGUGGGCAGUUGCUUUGGCUUUUGCUUUUUUUAAUGCUGCGGAAGCCAUUAGAGCAAGACAGACUCAGUGCUGAUGCAGAGAAACAUGCCUUACGUGUUGACGUUUUCGUUGUGACUUCCGGCUAACCCACUUCUAGUAAUUGGUUGUGGCAGACUGGGAGAUUAUCUUUUGUAGGAUAUCCGCGUCGCCAAUUGAGACCGAAAGCUUCAAAAUGAAACCAAGAAACGUCUGCGCUGAUCUGUAAUUGUAGC